AUGCGCCUCUGGUUGCCCGACUGGGAACUCCGGGAGCGCUCGCCGUCGACCGAAAGCGACGCCUCCACGGCCAGCUACUCAAGCCUCGCCAGCGACGCGUCCUUCUAUGACGCGUCGUCGGGCGAAGAGGCCGGGCUGGCCGAAACGGGUGGCCACGACACCGCCACGCGCCGGUCGGCUCCUCCGCUCGCGUUCGCGUCGCCCCCCGCGCGCCACUUCUCUCCACUGCCGUCUUCGUCCCCGCCCUUCUCCUCGGCUCAGGAUGCGAUUGUUUGGAUACCCGGCAGGGCGGGCGUUACGCUGCCUGACCGGGUAUCACCAGAAGCCGCUCAAGGACGUCAGGGCGCCUGGCUUUCGCCACCGGCCGCACGGGCCACGCCGGCGCCUAUCCGGCUCGUAGACGACGUCCAAGACCUUCGUCCGUUUGCUGUGCCACCCGGCAGGGCGUGCCGCAUGCUGCCUGUCGAGGUGGCGCCUGGACUCGUGCCCGACUCUCAGAGCGUUGGCUCCCCGGGCACUCAGACGCCUUGCCCGGGUCCGAGUGACUUCCACACGCCGCGUCAAGACCCCGGACUGUCUUCUCCGUGCGCCGAUGGCCCCCCGAUCGAAGAUGCGAAUGAUUUGGUACCCGGCAGGGCGGGCGGCAUGCUGCCCGACCGGGUACCACCAGAAGACAAUGAAGACCACAACGCCGACUCUCAGAGCGACCACUCCCUGGGUGCUGACAGGCUACACCCGGGUCCAGCCGACACUGCACCGACCUCCGCUGCCCUCCCGCCUGCCCCACCAGCCCCUGCCCCACCAGCCCCUGCCACGGCUCCCGACGAAGACUUGCUUGCUUCCCAACCCGGCAGGGCGGCAGGCAUGCUUUCCGCGGGGUACGCGCUUGUAGCCGCUACGGCUCGCGCCCUGGGCGUCACGCACGACACCAGCGACCCUGCGGACAGCAGCAGCAGCAGCGAUGGGGAGGGCUCGAGUAACGAGGCAAUUGCUUUCACUGUUGACGAAGACUGUCCAAGUGAUGACGACCGGCUUUGUCUGGCGGCUACGGAGCUGCCCGGCCAAGCUGGAUACACUGCAGUGGCCGCGGCUACACCCAUGCCAGCGUCCACUGCAGCAUCUGUCUCUGUCCCACUAUUACAGCUCUGUGACAACCGACUCGGCGGUCCGGCAUGCAUGCAGCCCGACCGAGUCGGGUUUGAUGAACCCACGUCCCUUGUGGACACUGCCCUGUCCAGUGCCGCUGUCCUGGACAUGGUCAAAGACGACUGCCAGCGCGCCGUCACCCACGACGUACCGGGUCCACUCCACGAACAUGUCCAGCCCGAAACAGGGCGACCGGACCCGGUACUAUCAGUGUACGCCCAUAACGCGCCCGCAUUCCCUUGCACGCUGUGUGGGCACACUGCAUGUGACAUGAGCGCGCUGUCGAGUCACAGACGGACCUCCCACCGUGGCACCUGCUUCGUGGACCACUUCCACAGCGGGUGCCCGUGUGGCAUCGGGCACAGGACUCGUGCAGCUGCUACGAAGCAUGCUAUGGAGUGUCGGGACAGCCCGUCCUACAUCCCUUCGGCUGCACGUGCUCCCCCGGGUCCGUCUCCGGUCCACUUUCGUUCUCGUUCUCGUUCCGUGUGGUCUGUUCCGGAGGACGAGGUGACCCCCGAACAUACCGGGUCCCUCGUCCUGGCUCCUUCCGUGGGUACAGCAGUUGCAUCAAGCAGCACUGUGCCCACAGAUGCGACCACAUCCCAGAGCACCGUGCCUGCUCCCGUGGACCAAGCCGGGCACCUGCAUGCCCCCCCGUGCGGUGCCCUUCGCCACCGCAGUCGCAUGUUCGGGUGGCGGGGAAGCGGCGCCGUUUAA